AUGGCCAAGGUUAUCAAAAUGUUUCACACACUCAGAAAUCACUGGAAGAAGACCACUGCUGGGGCCUGCCUGCUCACCUGGGGAGGAAACUGGCUGUAUGGAAAACACUGGUAAUUAUUUCAUUGGAUUGGAUCCAAGCUAAGGCAGUUUAACUUGAGUUCUGCUGUUUUCAAGGGGAACUAAAUUCAACUACCUGAACACUUAAUCUUUAAAAUAAUUUUGGAAUUGGAAUUGGAAUUUUUGGAAGGGUUUGGGUUUGUUCAUUGUUGUUUUUUUCCUAAACCAGAGUCCAGGGCAAAAUAUAAGUGACACGUAUAUACUGUUCUCCUGAUUAUUUUUGCUUUGCCUUACCCUAGGCUUGGAAAGCUCUGAAUUUAAUUGGAGCAGUGACACAAGGUAGGGGUGCUUAGCCUUUCCAGUUAUGGGCUGCUUUCCUGAUCAAAAACACUUUCAGACAGUUUUUCUUCCAUUGGUGGGGAUGGUACUUGAAAGGUCCCUUGUGUGAAGAGAUCAGGGGAAAUUUUGGUUUGCAAAUGGGUUAAGCACCCCUGCGCCUCUUCUUUGAUAAAAUGUGAAUUUUCUUGCUACUGCAAUGUACUAAAAACAAAGACUGUUGGGAGGCACUCCACAAGUUUGCAGUUUUAAGGAAGAAGAAAUUUAUAUGUGCAUAAAUUUGAAAAUUAGUUGUAAAAUAGUUUUAGCAUUUGAUCAGUGGGGGGCUACAGACUGGUUUUGUGCAUCUAUAAGUUGUGAGAUACACAAUUAUUUCAUAUUCAUUUCUUUGGUACUGAUAUGGCAAAUUGCUAUAAUGAAAUUGAUAGAUGUGUUUUAGAUUAAAUGAAACUGUCAUGGACAGGAUUGAACAGUUUCCCCCUGGAUGCUUUAAUGGCAUAAUUUUUUUCAGGCUUGCAAAUAAAAAAAAAACAAAAGCUCAGACGGUUUAAUGACACACUUUUUUAUCUGCUGCUAAACAUGCUAUGCUAUGUAAGUCUACAACAUAAUGUGUUUUAAAAUGCUACUAAGUGGUUCUGCUGGUUUGCUUCAAACUUGCAGUGGUAUUUUACUAUGUUACUAGAUUAUAAGGGGUUGGUUCACAUGAAACUCUAAACCAUGGUUUAGUACAGGGGUCUGCAACCUUUAAGACAAAAAGAGCCACUUAGACCCAUUUCCGAAGAAAAAAAAACUGGGAGCCACAAAACUCGUCAUUAUAAAAAUAACUUUUUUGUCACUUUUUUAUUAUUUCUUUGUUUGACCCCUCAGAAUUACUCCUCCUCAUAGAAAUAAACAUUAAAUUAGCAAGUUACCUUUUUUUUGUGUGUGUGUUCUUCACUCCCCUUCAAAACAGUGACCAGUGUACAUGCCCCUUACAACGUAGUGGGCGGGCGGGCGGGAAGGUGAUGUCGGGACGGUGCGUGACUAAUGCACGCACCGCCCCCAUGCGACGUCACAGCCAGUACACUGCCCGCCACAGUGGGGAGUGUCGGGGCGCACAAUGCGCCUCCUCCCCUCGCUAGUAUCCGCCCCGGAGCCGCGGCAAACGUGUAAAAGAGCCACAUGCGGCUCUGGAGCCGCGGGUUGCAGACCCCUGGUUUAGUAUAAGGGUUGUCAACCGUUUUAGAACUGUAGGCCCAUUUGGAUUUUUUAGGGAGUGCUAUGGGUGUCACGCAGGUGGCACUGUGGUCUAAACAGCAGAGCCUAGGGCUUGCCAAUCAGAAGGUCGGCGGUUCGAAUCCCCGCGACAGGAUGAGCUCCCGUUGCUCUCCCAGCUCCUGCCAACCUAGCAGUUCAAAAGCACGUCAAAGUGCAAGUAGAGAAAUAGGUACCGCUUCGGCGGGAAGGUAAACGGCAUUUCCGUGUGUUGCUCUGGUUUGCCAGAAGCGGCUUAGUCAUGCUAGCCACAUGACCCGGAAGCUGUACGCCGGCUCCCUUGGCCAGUAAAGUGAGAUGAGCGCCGCAACCCCAGAAUUGUCCUCUACUGGACCUAAUGGUCAGGGGUCCCUUUUCCUUUACUUUGGGUGUCACCACCUCGCAUAACUUCUCUCCCCUCGACUGGAUCAGGGCCACCCCACUCCCUGGAGAAACAGAGAGAGAAAGCAUUUGGACAUACUUCACUUUCCCAAAGGAUCUAGUUCCAGUGGAAUUAAUCAGCUUUUAAAAGCAUGUAGAGCUGAAACAGAAAGUGAAGAAGAGCAUCAGUCAUCUAACUUCGCCUUCAGUUCCAUGGGAGCAAAAUCUCACCAUCCUAACCACUGCAUAACUGCAUGGAAGAAAGCGAGAAGGGGGAGGCUGAGAUGCUGCAUAAACUAUGUUGGCCUCAGGUGAUCUCUCCAAUCUCCCUGCAUUGAACUAGUCUGAAUGGGGCCUCUAAACACUUCUGACUGAUAGUGCUUGGAAGCCUCUCUGGGAUCAAGAACUCUGGUAUUGCAGCUUUUUCAAUCACAGGGAGGCUUAAUUUAAGCUCUUAGAAGCUCCCUUUGGACCCUGCCACUCAAUGAGGAAGACUGGGAUGGAUCAGGUAGGAAAGGGGUAUUGGUGCUGGGAUUGGCUUUUGCUGCCUGCCCUGUUCCUCAAAGCACACAGUUUAUGCCCUUAUCACACACCCCAAACCCACUGAAAUCAACCAAGCCAAACCAGGUUCAAGCAUACACUGGAAAAAAUGCAGUAAGAAAAUAUGAAUACUUUCCAUCUAGAUGAAAGGCAGAUGCCCACAAACGGGGGAAAAGAGAAAAGAGAGAGACAAAGAAGAUUUGGUUUCUUAAGUCUUCCAUGUAGACUCUGGCAGGACUCACUGUAGAAGAGAUAGGAAAACAGGAGGGCUUAAUUGGCACCAGUUUCUUGAAAAGUGAUCAAACAACAGAGCAGAUGUGGUUUGCAAGUCAACAAUGGUUUAAAAUAAUUUGGCUAUAUUUGCAUUUCCCUGAAACUAUAUUAAAUGUGCAAACAGGGAUUAAAAUUAAAACUUCUUGCUACACGUUUUUAGAAAUGAGUACGGUGGUUUAGGACCUUACGAUGAAUAUUUCUUCCAGAGAAAGCAGAAAUGGGAACAGAAAUUGGGAAGGAAUUUCUUGCAUUUUCUUGUAAUAAUACUUACGCUCCUAAUUUUCUGAAUGAAAUAAGGUGGUUGCUGCUUUUACAAACUGAAAUGAACCAAGAAAACCCACCCACCCACUCACACUAUACAUGUUAAUGAGCUGGGACCAUCCUCACCCACUGGACAAAAAAUUGCCCUGUCUUUGUCUAGGAAUGCAGGGAGAGACAGAGGAAAAAGCGGAGGUUUAAGCAACAUUUGGGUAGAGUGAGAAGGGAAUUGAGAAAGGCUUUUGACUUUGUGUUGUACUCAAACUCCACUAUUUCUCCUUGUUAAACAUUUUUUUCAUUUCUGUUUAAAGGCCCUCCCCCCCCCCCCCGUGUUCAUCCCUUCCUGGGGCAUUCAGACCUCUCCCAUUACCUUGCCACUACUUUUUCCCUUUCGUAGUAGUAGUAGUAGUAGUAGUAGUAGUAAUAAUAAUAAUAAUAAUAAUAAUAAUAAUUUUUUAUUUAUACCCCGCCCAUCUGGCUGUGUUUCCCCAGCCACUCUGGGCGGCUUCCAACAAAUAUUAAAAUAUGAUAGUUCAGAGUCUGUCCCUUCUGGCUUCCAUAGGGUGGCUAUCUAAAGAACUUUUAACUGAGUUAAGAUUAAAAAAGGAUGUGUACAAAAAAUGGAAAAGGGGGGAAACCACCAAAGAGGAAUUCAAACAAAUAGCCAGCACGUGUAGACACAAAGUCAGAAAAGCUAAAGCACAGAAUGAACUCAGGCUUGCUAGAGAGGUUAAAAGCAACAAAAAGGCUUUUAUGGGUAUGUUCAGUAGCAAAAGGAAGAACAAAGAAACAGUGGGGUCACUCAGAGGAGAAGAUGGUGAAAUGCAAACAGGAGACACAGAAAGGGCUGAACUCCUCAAUGCCUUCUUUGCCUCAGUCUUCUCUGAUAAAGAAAACAAUGCCCGACCUGAAGAAUUUGGAGCAAAUGAUUCAGCAAAGGAAACACAGCCCAGAAUAACUAAGGAGAUAGUACAAGAAUACUUGGCUAGUUUAGAUGUAUUCAAGUCUCCAGGGCCAGAUGAACUGCAUCCAAGAGUAUUAAAAGAACUGGCAGAUGUGAUCUCAGAACCACUGGCAGUCAUCUUUGAGAUGGACUGGAGAACAGGCGAAGUCCCAGCAGACUGGAGGAGGGCAAAUGUUAUCCCUAUUUUCAAAAAGGGGAAAAGAGAGGACCCAAAUAAUUACCGCCCAGUCAGUCUGACAUCAAUACCAGGAGCAGAUCAGUCUGUGAGCACCUAGAUCAGAUUCUGGAGCAGAUCAGUCUGUGAGCACCUAGAAAGGAAUGCUGUGAUCACCAAUAGUCAGCAUGGAUUUCUGAAAAAUAAGUCAUGUCAGACUAACCUGAUCUCGUUUUUUGACAGAAUUACAAGCCUGGUAGAUGAAGGGAACGCAGUGGAUGUAGCCUACCUUGAUUUCAGCAAGGCAUUUGACAAGGUGCCCCAUGAUAUUCUUGUAAAGAAGCUGGUAAAAUGCGGUCUUGACUAUGCUACCACUCAGUGGAUUUGUAACUGGCUGACUGACCGAACCCAAAGGGUGCUCAUCAAUGGUUCCUCUUCAUCCUGGAGAAGAGUGACUAGUGGGGUGCCACAGGGUUCUGUCUUGGGCCCGGUCUUAUUCAACAUCUUUAUCAACGACUUGGAUGAUGGACUCAAGGGCAUCCUGAUCAAAUUUGCAGAUGACACCAAACUGGGAGGGGUGGCUAACACCUCAGAGGACAGGAUCACACUUCAAAACGACCUUGACAGAUUAGAGAACUGGGCCAAAACAAACAAGAUGAAUUUUAACAGGGAGAAAUGUAAAGUAUUGCACUUGGGCAAAAAAAUGAGAGGCACAAAUACAAGAUGGGUGACACCUGGCUUGAGAGCAGUACAUGUGAAAAGGAUCUAGGAGUCUUGGUUGACCACAAACUUGACAUGAGCCAACAGUGUGACGCGGCAGCUAAAAAGCCAAUGCAAUUCUGGGCUGCAUCAAUAGGAGUAUAGCAUCUAGAUCAAGGGAGUAAUAGUGCCACUGUAUUCUGCUCUGGUCAGACCUCACCUGGAGUACUGUGUCCAGUUCUGGGCACCACAAUUCAAGAAGGACACUGACAAACUGGAACGUGUCCAGAGGAGGGCAACCAAAAUGGUCAAAGGCCUGGAAACGAUGCCUUAUGAGGAACGGCUAAGGGAGCUGGGCAUGUUUAGCCUGGAGAAGAGGAGGUUAAGGGGUGAUAUGAUAGCCAUGUUCAAAUAUAUAAAAGGAUGUCACAUAGAGGAGGGAGAAAGGUUGUUUUCUGCUGCUCCAGAGAAGCGGACACGGAGCAGUGGAUCCAAACUACAAGAAAGAAGAUUCCACCUAAACAUUAGGAAGAACUUCCUGACAGUAAGAGCUGUUUGACAGUGGAAUUUGCUGCCAAGGAGUGUGGUGGAGUCUCCUUCCUUGGAGGUCUUUAAGCAGAGGCUUGACAACCACAUGUCAGGAGUGCUCUGAUGGUGUUUCCUGCUUGGCAGGGGGUUGGACUCGAUGGCCCUUGUGGUCUCUUCCAACUCUACGAUUCUAUGAUUCUAUGAUUCCAUGUCACAGGCUUUUUUUUACCUUAUUCAACCUUCCUUUUUUUGUUCCCCUACCCCACCCAGACUUUAUGCAAAUCCAGGAUUGUGAUGCAGUACACCCAGUCUUUCCAGUGGGGUGCUGCACAAUGAUGGCCUAGUGCAAAUAAUAGUACAGAGAGAAAUGUAGAACCGUACAUCUGAAAUAUUAAGCUUUUUGAAUCUUGCUCAACAAGGUAGAGUAGACUGUAUGUACAUAGCCUAGCAACUGAGUUUGGGUCGUUGCUGAUACUGGAGGCUGAAUUACUAUGCUUGAGGCACUCUUGACUAGACUUAUAUAGUGUCCUUUUAUAGCAGAUUAAAGGUUUAGUGAAAUCUUGUCCCCUUUUUUCCUGACAUAGUUGGAGCUUCUGGUGCAAAGGGUGCUGCUUUAGCUCAACAUUGCUUCAGAUUAGCCUUUGACUCCCUGGAAUUAGCUGUCUCAGGCAUUGCUUGUUCAUUUGCCACUGAGGAGGACUUCUUCUGGGGGGAGUGCAGAGAUCCGGUGCCAAAACCGGCUCCAAUUAGCUCUUACUUAUUCUUGAAUAGCAAAACCCUGGGCUUUGGCUGUGGAAUUUGAAGGUCUUAUUAUUUUGAGCAGCAUUACAGGCAUACGGUGCCUGCUGUCUUAUAUAAUUCAAAAUGAAAAUUCCUGGAGCUGCUAUUUACCCCAUGAUACCUGCAAGUUUUCCGCAUGGGGCAAAUAGCAGCUUCACUGGGGAGAGGAUUUUAAUGGAGGACUAUGGUCUGAUGUGAAAGGGUUACAUUUCCAUCUCCCAAUGCUGUGAUCCCAGUCCUCUUUGGCCCCUCUCUGGGUGACUUCUGAUUAUCUUUUAAAUCACAGGAGAUGCUCAGCAUGGGUCUCCUGAAUCGCAUCCAGUAGUGGCCCACUUUUUUAAAUAAAAAUUGAAGGCAUGCUGGAGGAAUCGCAGGCAUUCAAAGUGAGGCAACCAGUGCUUCUCAGCAUCAAGUAUGACUGAAUUAUUCCUCAUGCAGCAGUACAACAGAAUUGCUUGACCUGAGAGGUGACUGAUUGGAAAGUGGCAGGAACAUUUACUUUUAUAAGCACGCCCUAGUUUAUAGUUUGGGAAUUGCCAAAUUAAAAGAGUGUCUGUUAUGAUGCUUUUGCAAUCCCUUAGUAAUACUGGGCAGUAGUUUGCUAAAGACAGCCUACUAGUUGCAAGAGAAAUGCAUGCUGUUCUAGUGUAUCUGCAUCUAGGUUGGAGAACAAAAAUGUACCAUGCAUUUGAUUACGUAUUGCUGUAGAAAAUGAUGUCACAGCAGUAGAGGUACCAAAGAAAGACAUCCUGAUUGCCUUGGGAUGCAGGCAUGUUUGUAAUAAUUGGUUGGUGUUUUGCUGGAUGGUAUGUAUAUUGAGAAGGGACGCGGGUGGUGCUGUGGGUUAAACCACAGAGCCUAGGACUUGCCGAUCAGAAGGUCGGCGGUUCGAAUCCCCGGACGGGGUAAGCUCCCGUUGCUCGGUCCCUGCUCCUGCCAACCUAGCAGUUUGAAAGCACAUCAAAGUGCAAGUAGAUAAAUAGGUACCACUCCAGUGGGAAGGUAAACAGCGUUUCCGUGCGCUGCUCUGCUUUGCAAGACGCGGCUUAGUCAUGCUGGCCACAUGACCCGGAAGUUGUACGCCGGCUCCCUUGGCCAAUAAAGUGAGAUGAGCGCCACAACCCCAGAGUCGGUCACGACUGGACCUAAUGGUCCCUUUACCUUUACCUUUAUGUAUAUUGAGGGUGGGACUAUCUAGAACAUCUGGAAUCUAGAAAUUGCCAGGAAAUCCAAUCUAUAAAGAAAAUCUCUCUCUCUCUCUCUCUCUCUCUCUCUCACACACACACACACACACACAGAGAGAGAGAGCACAUGUAAUCAAGAAACAACCCUACAUACAGAUUUACUGGCAUAAUAGUGAUAAUGAGCUGACUUUUUACUUUGGAAUAAUCUAGCAUCAUUGUUGAUGGGUGAGGGCAGUGCCUGAUAAAGGGCAAUUGCCUGCUAUAAAGGAAUGUGCCUAAGUGGGACUGAAACCACCUAUUUCUGUGUGCACAGUCUCGCAGACUGGCUAGUAACCUUCUAGUAGCCAUUAGAUUUCAGGACUCGGAGUUGGGGUCAGCUAUGCCUAUUUUUAUGCUUGCUUCUGUACCCUUUAAUACCUGCCUGAGUCCUUCAUUUCUAAAUAAAAGCAGUUGUGUGGUGGCACCAAAGGUCUCUUACUCAGAGGAUACUUGCCAUGUUUAGGCUGCCUUGGACGUCCAACCAUUUGGGGGAAGGAAUGGCUUGAAACAAUAGACUUGUGUACCAGCUUUUCUGUUUCUGAUCUCCCACAGCCUCUGCUAUUUGUUCUCUCCAGUGCACAGCAGAGUGUGGCUGUUUCAUUUGGAAUCACACUGGAUUUUAAAAGGUUUAGGCACCAUUCAUCUUACAAAGGGGCCAACUCUUUAUUAAGGGUUGGGCAGCUUUAGGUUCCACGGAAAAAUAUGCCCAGAAGAAGUCUACUGAAGUAUUUCUUUUUCUGCUCUGCCUUGGUGAUUGUGGUCUAUCCUGGGCAGCUGAAAGAGGAAUUGGAUCUGUAUUGAUCCUGGUUUGGUUACCUAAGUAAACAGAGGAAUCCUCCUGAUUUAUCUCUGCCAAUUUUACCGGCUCACCAAGCCUGCCUAGUUAUUUGGAAAAUAAUUGUGAAAUUGGAUAGCAGAGAAGCAGCAUUUCAUUAGCUGGAAAUAGCUGAGCUUUGAAUUUGUUUUUUGCCCUAUGCGUAGCAGCGAUUGCAAGCCCUGAAGAAAAGCUGUGGCUGUAAUUGCUUCACACUUUACCUGUGAUUAUUGUCAUUGUGAUAGCAGAAGCCCAUUGGCUUUUCGAGGUGAUGAUAGCUCAGCCAGCUGGUAAAUUCACAAUCAUGUUAGCUGCCCUCACUUUGCUGCUAAUUGGGAGCUUAUUGCAUUAGAUGCCAUUCCUCUUAGUACAUAAUAGAGGAGAUUCUCCAGACACUGUCCUGGUUCUCUCUUGGAUCCCAAGUGAAAACCUUAUUUGCCCAGAUCUAUUAAGCUCAUGCUUUAUUUGUGUUUAUUUUUAUGAUGGACUUACCCUAACUACUCCAAUUUGCUACUGAUGUAGUUAUCGUAUGUGUGAUUCCUUUUUAUGUCUAUAUGCCGCUAUGAGAGCUAGGCUGAAGAGUGGCUAAUAUAUCAAUAAAUAAAAUAAUAGUAUAUGAAUUGACUAGAUUGGUUGGAAGUGCAAAAUCCAUGCAAGCAGGAGCAUUUAUGGACCUAGCCCCUUCCUUCCUGCAUGGAUGGGGAUUGUCUUCAUGUCCUGUUUCUGAGCUUCCCAUAGACAUCUGGCCGACCAGCCACAGUAUAGAACAGGAUCCUGGAAUCCAACAAGGCUAUUAUUAUGGUCUUCAUAAGAUUUGGCACCCAAAGCUGAUGGCUGAGUUUUUGGAUCUCUGGAUCUGGACCAGAACUACAUAAUUGCAACUGGAGUUUCCAAAGGCAGAGAACCCUUUUGCAAUGUUUUGUGUGUACAAUCCUAUUUCCCUUCAUGGAUUUCCUUUCAUAUGGAUUGGUGUAAUUUGGAUGCAACCCAGAUAAAUCAGGUGAUAUUGUGUGUGUGUGUGUGUGUGUGUGUGUGUACGUACUCCAGGUGACUUAUUUAGUAAGACUAAUGGAAAUAAAUGGGACCUAAGAGCCCUUGCUUUCAGCAGGCUGUGCCUGCCACUUGCUGACCUGCAAGGCGAAGUUAAAAUAAUUAACAUCCCUGAGCCCACCCAUUCUUCACAACCUUGUCUAAAAGGUCAGUGCUGUGACUUCUAACCUUGAGACUGGUGCUAGUCCAAUUUCAGCAUCCUCUGUAAUGCUUCUCUUUCUCCUGACAUUGAGGAACACCAAACGAUUAUAGCAGGAAGUCCAUGAAAACAAUUGAUGUGGAUGCAUUCAUUGCAUUCCUGUUGCCCUACCACUGUGCAUCAUCAGCCAAGACUUACUUUCCUGAGGCUUUGCUAGCUGAUCAGAUACUUAGCAGGUUCGAUGGGGAAUCUUCUAAUAGUAAUGGUCUCUCUCGUGUUUGCUUCAAAGCUUUCACAUGCUGGGGGUAGGGAGAGGUGCUGAGAAUUUUGCCCUUAUAAUAAAUACAUGUUUGUUUGCGGUGCCUUUCUGUACAUGGGUAGAUAAGAUGGAGUAGGGCUGUCCAAUUCAUUUCGGCACUAGAGUUGGUUUUUAAGUAGUACUUAGUAAAAAUUACUGCAAUUAGUCAAUAGCCUGCCAUUCUUGUAAAAAAAGAAAGAAAAAAUGUUCCUGUUGCUUAACACACAUGAUUUAUUCCUUUGAAUGUGAAGAGCAAACAUUAUGUUAAGGGGAGCGCUACUGCCUCUAAGGAAAACUUUGAUAAAUAUUCCAAUUAGGCAUGAAUUGGAGUAAUAUAUUAUUUAUGCGUUCUCUCGCUUAGGAAGCUUAUUUCUGUUUGUCCCAUUAUUUUCACUAAAGGUUUCCUAUUGACAGAGUUUCUCUCGCUGCUUAGUUUGAAUUUCUCCAGAUUGAUUCUUCAUCUAAAAUCAAUUUUCUGUAACAUGAGAAAAGCUACCGUGGCAGUAAAUGCUGGUAAGGCAGAACGAGUUACAUGGCUUUAAAAAGUGGAAUAAGCAGAGAAAGAGGGGGAAAGUCUGCAAGCGUGUUGUUCUGGAAUGAGCCCCGUAAACUGCUGCGUAUUAAUAAAAAUGUGCAGCAUAUCAUCAGAGCGGAAUUGAAAGGAGUUCUGCCAGCCCUUUUGGCACCAAGAGCCAAGGAGAGCACUGCCCUGCUGUAAACCAAGUGAGUGCUCAUUUGCCCUCUGGCCUCCUCCUCCCUGACCCCAGCCACUCUGAGCUGCAGGCAGGCAGGCAGGCACCUCUUGGGCUUUUACCAGCUUGGCCCUUAAUCCUUGAGAGAUGAAAGCCGCAAACCCAGAACGCUUCAGGCUGCACAAAUCAGAACAGGGAUGCCACUUCCACAGAGAGAGGUGCUUCCAAAAGUUGACUUUCCUAUCGCCGUUCUUCACCCUUGAACUGCAUAGCACUUCAAGCCCCAUUUUAAUGACUACGUGGAGAGUUAUCUUUGGAAAAGAUGGCUAAGUGGAGCAAAGAGAAGCAGCGAGUUUCCAUUUAUUUGUUUAAUACAUUUAUAUCCACCAGCUGUUGAAGGUUCCCAGGGCAAACAAGAAAUACAAAGUGGACUAGAAUAUAGAAGCACAUUAAAGUGCAGUGGGCCAAUUUUUAGGACACUCAUAUGCCUCCCUAUUGCAGCCUAAGACAGAUGCUGAUGCAAGAUGAAAAGAGCAGGUCUCUUUGCUUUAUUUCAAACCUCAUUGCUUAUCUCCACAGGUUGCCCCUCAGGUUUCAUUGUUCACUUUUCUGGGGGAGAAAUUCACUUUCUAGCUGGUUGUGUCAGUCUAAGCCAGGUGUGGGGAAUUAUCACUGUGUUUCUCAAACGUGGGUCCCUGGCUGUUGGUGGACCACAGCUCCCAUCAUCCCUAGCUAGCAGGACCAGUGGUGAUGGGAUUAAUAGUCCAACAAUAGCUGAGAAACAUAGCAGAGAUGUGGUUGAGGAAAACAUCAGAAGGCUGUACAGUGGUACCUCGGGUUAAGUACUUAAUUCGUUCUGGAGGUCCGUACUUAACCUGAAACUGUUCUUAACCUGAAGCACCACUUUAGCUAAUGGGGCCUCCUGCUGCCGCUGCGCCACCGGAGCCCGAUUUCUGUUCUUAUCCUGAAGCAAAGUUCUUAACCUGAAGCACUAUUUCUGGGUUAGCAGAGUGUGUAACCUGAAGCGUAUGUAACCCGAGGUACCACUGAAUUCUCUUGUAGGCAACCUUCUGGGGACCCCAUGUCACUGGUGGGCAGGGCCAGAGGUCUUUACUGAUUCCCUGCCAUGACACCAUCUUGCCAUGUCAGGUGUUUUUUUCACUUGUGCCUGAGACUUGCAGAGUGGGCACAUUUUAUAUUAUGGCAACGCAAAAAAUAGUCAGGUCCUUGCCACCAAGGAACAUACAAUGUAGACAGUGAGGGAAAACAGCAAACAGGAUGGGGAGACGAGCAGGGAGGGAAGGAUAUUGGCAAAUGCAGGUGUACGUUCUUGGUAAUUUGAUGACUAUAUGCACUUCAUUGGUAGUGCUGCAGCUAGCCUGGUGCUUCUGUCAGAGAAAGGAAUAAUUUGGCCACUGAUUUGCUAGCAGGCUGGGCAGCUGGUUAAUUCCACUCACCAGUUAGACCGGAGGAAUUUUGGUCAGUUACUUCCUGUUUAUACAAUGAUGCGGUUCAGUUUGGUCAAUUAAGUAAUCUCGUUGCGGGUGGGAUCUGGCUCUUGGUAAUGAAGACAUGGUCCAAGAAGUGACGAAAGCUAAGGUGGCAUCAAAACAGUGACAUUUAAAUAGUUACGUGUUUUUGACAAGUAGCCCCUUUGGAAAGUUUGGUCUGUGUUUUGUGUGCCAAAGCAGUAGAAGUAGGUAUUUUUAAAUGCGUGUUUCCAUCUAUUUAUCCCUCCCCUCAACUUGCGCUAUCUAAAACACUGUUCUUUUUCUUCUUCCUCCUCCUGAUAGCGAUAACCUGCUAAGGAGAGCUGCAUGCCAAGAAGCCCAGGUAAUACCAUUUAACAAGAUCAAAUUAGAUUAAAAUCCUCUCCUUAUCUCUCUUGUGCAGGAUUCUGGAGAUUCUCCCAGCAGGUCUCCUCUACGUGACUAGCCUGCCAAAGGGACUCUCUGUAUUCUUCUGCUCAAAUACCAGAAGACACUUCCCCCCUUUGCACCUAAUUACGCCUCAGUUCAGUGCCAUCACAAAUUAUUCAUGAGCAUCACGAAAGUGGAAUAUAUUCAGUAAGACUUUGGGAAACUUGAUUACCUGUAUUGCUUUUGUUAGGUAAACUUGUGAGCCAGCAGUGACAGGACUGAAAAUUUGGGAGACUGAAAUCGCAUUUCAUCAACUGGCAGAAUGGAGAGCAGCUAGCAUGUAGCUUUUCUUAUUCUGAUUGUACCUGGUACUCUGGUGCCUAUACAAAAAGGCAGGACCAAAAAGUUCCAACAAAGCAGGAAAAACCAAAUUGAUUUUAUUAUUAUUGGAGGGCACUCUUUGUAGUCCCAAAUGCUCUUGAGGUCCGGCUGGCCCUGAGGGAACAAGCCAGGCUCUGACUUGUGGAACUCCUUCCCAAUAGAGGUUCGGCAGAACCAUCCUGCUCAUUUAGACGUCUUCUAAAAACUAUAUUAAUUUGACAGGCCUUUCAAACCUAAGAUUCUUUGCCAACCAGCUCUUAGUGAUGUAUUUGAUACUUUUAUUGUAAUACUGGGUUCUUAAUGUAUUACUGCCUUAUGAUAUUUAUACAAAAGUGCAGCUUAUUUUAAAAAAAUUAAAAAGGAAACAGAUACCUGAAAUAUGUUUUCCCCUCCUUGUUAUGAAUUUUCAUAAACACCCAAUUGUGCCCUUUAUGUGGAGUACCCCUCCCCCCAUUUUUUAUUUGUAGUAUCUCUGGCCAAAGAUUUAUGGCCAUCUCAUUGGCCAUUGGGAAAUAAAAUACUUCGGAUCAUGUCUGAAAUUUGUGGUUUUUUUUAUUUUGCUGAACUGGAUAUGCUCAUCCAAAUAGAUGUGCAUAUUCAUUUUGACAAACACAGACUUUUAAAAUACUCCUUAUUAUGUUUCCAGUAGCACUGUAACAUGGAAACUGCCCUUCUUUGUGGUCUGAAAAUGAAACUUAUACUUCGGGGGAGUUUAUUAGGAUGUGAAAUUCAAAGGGGAGAAAGAGUUUUUAUGGCAAGGAGCAACGGAGGCCUGCUUUGCACAUGCAAAUCCACGCUUGAUGUUGCAGUCAUGCGAAUAACACUUGAAAGGUGCCGUCACAGUUGCAGCACCACAGUCAUACUGGCUGCUUUUGCAGAUCUCAAUAAACCAGGGUCUCUGGCUUAUUAGGAAUGAGUUCACGUUGCCUGAUUGCUCCCACUUCGCUUCUCCCCUGGCUUGAGCAACAGAAACAAACCACCAAGCCAUAGUGAAGCUUGACUUCCUGCCAUGUCCAAACCUGGAAUCUUGUUCUGCUCCCUCACAAGCUGGGAUCGCUUGUGUUCUAGCCAUGGUGGCUGUGUUCUGUCUCUAUUGUCAGAACCAGUGUGUGUCUGAAUACCAGUUGCUGGCAAUCACAGAUGGGGAGGGCACUGUUGCACUUAACUCUGCUUCUCCUUAACAUCUGCAGGUGAGGCAGUAGAUGUGCUGGACCGUUGUCUUGCCCUGGUAAUGGACUGGAUGAGAGCUGACAAACUGAAGCUCAAUCUAAAUAAGACUGAGGCAUUCUAAGUAGGUGGUUCCUUAGUCCAGAUGGACUAAGACUGCCUGCUCUUGAUGGGGUUACGAUUCCUCUGAAGGAGCAGAUACGCAGCUUGGUGAUACUUCUAGCUCCCUUGCUGUCACUUGAGGCUAAGGUGGCCUUGGUGGCCAUGGAGUGCCUUCCAUCAGCUUCAGCUGGUGGCCCAGCUGCUCCCCUAAAUGGACAGGGAUAGCCUAACUUCUGUUGUCUGUGCUCAGGUACCCUCUAGGUUAGAUUGCUGCAAUGCAUUAUAUGUAGGGCUGCCUUUGAAGAUGGUUCAGAAACUUCAGCUGGUGCAGAAUUCGGCAGCCAGGUUGCUUACCAGGGCAAGACAGUUCGAGCUGUAUUUUGUAUUCUUAUUUUGUAUUUUUCUGCCUUGGGAUAUUUAGUUGGAGGGCGGUAUACAGAUUUAAUAAAUGAUGAUGGCGAUGAUGAUGUUCUGCUUCCCAUUGGCAUCUGGUUGGCAGCUGUGAGAACAGGAUGCUGGCCUAGAUGAGCCCUCGGCCUGAUCCAGCUGGGUUUUUCUUCAUGCCAGCCAGCCAUAAACCAUGGUUUGAUGUUAUGAAUCUGUGCUUCUUAAUAAACCAGGAUCCCAGAUGUGGACAUCACAGGGAAGCCAAGCUUAACCCUGGCUUAUCAUGGUGUGUGACUGUGUCUGUUUAUUUCACUUACCUUUGAGUCAAACAGGUUUAGGGAAUAUUCAGUUAUUGUCUGCAAUGUUGUUUUAGUGUGUUUGUGGGCCGGGGGGGGGGGGAGUAGUGUGAAGGAUGGAAUGAUCAAACAGGAAAUAAAAUCAGUUUACCAGCGCCUACCCUGCAGCCAAUGUUUCGGGUUAGUAAAUGAUUACAAAGGGUCUUGAAGUGGUUGUUUUUUUUGGUCUUCCUCUUUAAAACUCGAAAGCAUGAGAGCAGAGCCUGCAUAAAAAGCUAGUCUGCCAACAGUAUAAUUUGUAGAAGAGACAGGUUGUUUGUUCAGAGCAAGCAAAUAUAUCACUCCCCCAUCAAGUAAAUAAUUAGAUGUUUCUAACAGCUGUAACAGACCUCAGAAUUAUGAAUGCAGACACUCUUUUUCCAUGAUUUCCCCCAAGAAUGCAAAAGUAAUAGAAUUAAUCACUGACUUUUCCCAUCUGUUCUUUAGAUAACAUGCCAGUUUGAUUUCCUCUGUCCUUUACCCCCAUGAAUCACUGUUUCUCGCAUGCCUUCUGCCUUCUCGUUUCCACCGCGGUAAAAUAAAUAGAACAGAGUUGAGCAUUAAAUUCUAACAAAUUUUUUAAUCCUCUACUCUAAUAGCCUCAGUGAUGCUGAUAAUUGCUAUGAAUUGCUGCUUUGAAAAUCUACAGAGCUCUCUUAAAACAAUUGCUUCAGCUGCCUCGCUUUAUAUCUCUUCACCAAAAGUGUUGAGAAUAAAUUCAUUGAUUAUUAUUAUUAGUUAUAUUUGCCUGGGGCCUAUACUUGUCACACAGCUUGCAUCAAAGUGGGACAGAGAGGCAGAGCAAGCUGUCAGUGUAUAGGGCUCACAUUGUUUUCAGUGGAACUAACUGCAUGCAGAUGUACCUUUGCUGUUCCCUUGCAAGUUGUCAAUGUAAGCUGACGAGUUUGCAGAACAUAAGGCUAAAUUAGGCAUCUAGGUGGCCUUUUGCUGGCUGGGAUGGAUCUCAGUAAAGCAGUCUUUGCUCCCCCCUCACUGAAGCCAUUUGUGGGGUGUGGGAGAGGGGCCCUGUAAUCCCUGAAAUAACACAGAAUUGUUCAGCACCAAAAACAGACAGAUUUUUAAUUCUUUAAUAAUGAGACGCUUUCUCUCCAUUAUUAGGUGUUUGGCAACCAGAUUCUUCCUUCCAGCAUGCAGAUCAAGAAAGCAACAGUGUUUCUCAACCCUGCAGCUUGCAAAGGGUAAGAUUCCCUUUCCCAGCCACCUGGCACCUUUUCAUAUACUUUGGUUUUGCUUUCAUCAGGGCAAGUCAUUCGUGGGAACCAAAGCCUUACUUCCUAUCCUCCCCUGAACCUAAUGUUAUCAAACUUCUUCAGCUGAUUGAGAAACCACAGUUAGAAUGGGCCUGCUUGCUAAAUUUAACAUGAACCCCAAAUCAUACAGUUCUUCUCACUCCCCUAUCCCACUCCAUAUUCCACAUUGAUGUCAUCAGCAUUCCCAUUCUAUGAAUGAGAUUAAGAUGUUCCCAAAUAGAGGGGCAUGCUCAGAUGUUGGGCAUGCUGAUUUAGUGCCCCUGAAGCCACGCUGUGCCUAUUUUCUAGUAUAGUGGUAGCAAAUGGCCGUCAUGUGCAAAAGCUAUUUCAAGGUCAAAGAUUUAGCAGGUGUAUUGGUUUUAAACACAUUGGGGCCUUUUUUGUCAAUGAAUGUGGCUCCCGAUGGCUGGCAUCUUCACCAUCAUUUUAUUAUUUAUAUGCCCCCCAUCUUACUUGGUUGCCCCAGCCACUUUGGGCAGCUCCCAACAAAAUAUUAAGAACACAAUAAAACCUCAAGCAGUAAAAGCUUCCCUGUACAGGGCUGCCUUCAAAUGUCUUCUAAAAGUCAUAGUUGUUUAUCUGUUUGACAUCUGAUGGGAGGGCGUUCCACAGGACAGGCCUCAGUACCGAGAAGGCCCUCCCUGUAGUUUCGUGUCUUACAGUGAGGAAACGGCCAGAAGGCCCUCGGAGCUGGACCUCAGCUUCUGGGCUAAACGAUGGGAGUGGGGAUGCUGCUUCGGGUAUACUGGGCUGAGGCCGUUUAGGGCUUUAAAGGUCAGCACCAACACUUUGAAUUGUGCUUGGAAACCAACUGGGAGCCAAUUGUAGGUCUCUCAGGACCAGUAUUAUAUGGUCCCAGCGGCCGCUCCCAGUCACCAGUCUAGCUGCUGCAUUCUGGAUUAGUUGCGGUUUCCAAGUCACCUUCAAAAGUAGCCUCACGUAGAGUGCAUUGCGGUAGUCCAAGCGGGAGAUAACCAGAGCAUGCACCACUCUGGCAAGACAGUCUGCGGGCAGGUAGGAUCUCAGCCGGCGUACCAGGUGGAGCUGGUAAACAGCUGCCCUGGACACAGAAUUGACCUGCGCCUCCAUGGACAACUGAGAGUCCAAAAUGACUCCCAGGCUGCUCACCUAGUCCUUUAGGGGCACUGUUACUCAUUUUAGGACCAGGAAGGGAUUUUUUGCUUAGGAGGCCAAGCCACCCCACUUAAAAAGAUUGUCUCGUUGACCUAAACUGCAAAUUCUAGCUUAGGCUUAUUUUUGAUAGGGGGUAAGUCUUACAAUCGACACAUUGUUUGGAAGUUGUCCCUUACUUAAAGUCUUGUUUUCUUUUCCCUGGGUGCUCAAAAUAAUUUUUGCAGGAUAAUUCAUAAUUAAUACCAUGGUUAUUUAUUAUGCAGCAGCAGGCAUUAAAAUGCACGAGAGCAUUACCAAAACAAGGUCAGGUGAAGUUUUUGUAUUAAUGUUGCUGAAUAAUAAUAAAGCAAGUAAUAUUUCUCUUUUAAAAGUAGAAUUUGCAUCUUACCAACCGAGGGCAAGUAUUCCAUAUCUCAUUAGUUGGGUAAUAAUACAUUAUUUGCUUGAGGGCUUAUUGUUUGGGGUGGCAGGCAGGGUUGUUGGGGGGAAAUAUUUAAAGUUUCUUAAGCCAUAAUAGAAAAGUGGUGAGAUGAGCAUUGGACUAGGGAUGACGGGACAUAGCCAUGAAGUUUGGGCUGAGCUUAGGCCCGUCACCAUCUCUCAGACUUGCCUACCUCACAGGGUUGUUGCAGAGAUGAAGUAGGGGCUUGGGAACACCUUGGAGGAAAAGAGGAGCAAAAAUGUAAAGUGUGGUGAUGGCACAGGUUUUCCAUCCUUGAAUAAUUCUAGAGUUCAGAAGGACUUCCUUCUGAACUUACUGUUUGCUAGUAAAUAGCUUCUUUUUUGAAGAAGAGAAAGUCCUAUGCUGAUGCUCCCUAAAAAUGUCCCUGGCAACACAAGCUAGUAGCGGUGAAUUCACAAAUUCACUUAUGAACACAGGGCAGUGACUUGUAUCGCCUCAUAAUAUGACCCUUACCUUAGUUUUGCUGUGAACCAUUGAGAAUGGGGGUAGCAGUGGAUGUGUUGGAGUAGGACCUGGAAGACCCGGGUUCAAAUCCCUGCUCAUCCGUGAAGCUCACUGGGUGAUUUUGGGGCAGUUGCCAUCUCUGUGUUACCUAUCUCUCAUCUCACAGGGGCGUUUGCUUGAAUUAAAUUAGGAGCGGUCCUUGGAAGACGGAUGGAUAAUAAUGUCAUGUGAUAAAUAAAAUGCAUAGAUUUAUCUGACUCCGGCACUGCCCAGUGUUCCUUCUUCUACACCCUCACUUCCACUAAUUUGCUCUUUGCUUCUGUCAUCACGUAUUCAGUUAUCAUUGUUUCCCAGGUAUCUUGCGACUGAGAACUGUGUAUGAAUGACUCAUUCUGCAUACAAAACCUCACUCCAGUCAAAUGUCCACCUUUAUACUGAUGAAAUAAAGGUGCCCCCAUCCCAUGUCGGCUUUUUUCCAAGGAUCUGCAGAAUAGCCUGUUGCUGUUUAGUUAAGAAUUGAGGGUAUUUUUUACAUGGGGGGGGGCUACCUUAAAGUGACCUCACACUUCUUCUUUUAAUUUUCUAGCAAAGCCAGGAGUCUUUUUGAAAAGAAUGCAGCCCCAAUUCUUCACUUGUCUGGUCUGGAUGUGACUGUGGUUAAGGUAAAGACAGAGAGUGGACUUGUUUUCUCUUCCUAGCGACUAUUUCCUCUUCCCAGUAUAUAUCGGCCAGAAUCCAUCUGUCACUAGAGGUGAAACGAAAGAUAAAGAGUCUAUAAGUGCUCAAGUUGGGGAGGAGUUGUAUUUUUUCUUAUUUUAAAACCAGUGCUGGUGCUGGAGGAGACUCUUGAGAGUCCCAUGGACUGCAAGAAGAUCAAACCUAUCCAUUCUUAAGGAAAUCAGCCCUGAGUGCUCACUGGAAGGACAGAUCCUGAAGCUGAGGCUCCAAUACUUUGGCCACUUCAUGAGAAGAGAAGACUCCCUGGAAAAGACCCUGAUGUUGGGAAAGAUUGAGGGCACAAGGAGAAGGGGACGACAGAGGAUGAGAUGGUUGGAAAGUGUUCUCGAAGCUACCAGCAUGAGUUUGACCAAACUGCGGGAGGCAGUGGAAGACAGGAGUGCCUGGCGUGCUCUGGUCCAUGGGGUCACGAAGAGUUGGACACGACUAAACGACUAAACAACAACAACAACAAAAACCAGUGCCAUGUUUUGUGUUUUGGUUUGGGUUCUUUUGGAAUGUUGUUAUCUUGCUUUCAUUUCAUUGACUCAAGGGCGAUGGAGAAUAUAUACAAGAUUUUGGCGAGAGAGCCACCAAGGCCUGUAGGCAAAGAGAAGAGUUGAUGACUCUGCCUGAGAAAAGUUCAUUCUCAUGCACGAGAACUCAUAAAAUUGCCACAAGGCACUUGAGAUUGAUUAGGAGCAGUCCUUUUUUAAACACCUUUAAUGGCCUCUCGGAUAAGAAAAAAACUCAGCAUCUCUGAUGAGAACAUAAAAAGUCAAGAGAGCCUUCCUAAGGAAGGGAAGACUGAACUGUUUUGAGAUUAUACUGUGCUAGCUGUUCAACAUACUGUUGCUAGCAGAAGUAUGUCCUUUCUCCACUCAGAGGCAAGAGGGCAUUCUGCUCAGGAGAUGCCUCACCCUGGGAUCAGGUAGGCAGGGCUAAUGGGCACAUUCCUAGGAAUUUCAGUAGUGAGCAUUUGAAGCUGCCCUUAUACUGAGUCACAUUAGUUCAUCUAUUUCAGGGCUGUUUACUCAAACAGAUAAUAGCCCUCCAGAGUUUCAAGCAGCAAAUUUCCCCUCAGCUUUGGUAUGCAAGUAGCUAGAGAUGAUUGAUCUAAUCCCAUCAAUAUGCAUGGCACUUUUACUGAUUGGGUUUUUUUGUGUGUGCAGAGGACAUGUUCAGCCAUUGAGCUACGGACCCUCCCCAUUGGAUCACAAAAUAUUUUAUCAUUCCAUGUGGUUAACUUGUAAAUUGGAAGGGUUCACAGAUCAAGUAGGAUGUUGUAUCUCGAUAUGUGGAUGGGAGACGGUUGCAAAUCCCCCCAUACAUUGCCUCAGGAUGUAGCGUGGGUUAGUUCAAUAGGUGGUGCUGUUGCUUUUAGAAAUAAUCUAGCAGAGAUUGUUGGCUGAAUAAGAAGGCAUGGUUCUCAGAAGCUACCCAUUUGGAGAUACGUCAAAACCAUCAAUUAUUCCUGCAAAAGCAACCAACUUCUUUGAAUGAAAAAAGUGAUUACAUGUUUUGAGUUUGGCACUUCUAAUUUAGAAACAGCAUGGGCUAUAUUUAUCUUAGUUGAGCAUAUAUAGUAGGGAUUUUUCUGUGUUACAUCCUGUAUUUUUGGGGGGUGGGCCUUUAAGAGGGGUGAUGCAAAACUUUGAAAUUAAUAAAUGAGAAGAUGUGUGCUGUUGUGCUGAGUAUUAGAUGUACGCGUGUUCAUAUGGAGUUGAAAGGUUUCCCUUUUCGGCAGCCAAUACCCAAUGUUAGUCACAAUCAUGAGACCCAUUGAAAUUAGUAGACCCAAGUCCUUGCUUUUCAUUGGGUCCGAUCUGAGUAUUAAUACCACCCAACAUGUUUCUGGCCUCUCUGUAUUUAUCACAGACAGAUUAUGAAGGGCAAGCGAAGAAGUUGUUGGAGCUGAUGGAAAACACGGACAUGAUAAUCGUUGCAGGAGGAGAUGGAACAUUGCAAGAGGUACUGCAAUAAUUCUUCUACAUUUCUCCCCAUGGGAAACUAGCACCUGGGGAAGGAUUCUCGACAGGAGAAGUUUUUCCUCCUCCUUCAUGCACUCCAAUCUCUCUCCCCCCCCCCCCCCCCAGAUUCCUCUCAUCCUGAUUCCUGCUAAACCAUUCAAAACAUAUGGUGUAGUGGUUAGAAUGUCAGACUGGGACCUGGGAAACCAGGAUUUGAAUCCCCAUUCAGCCCGGAAGUUCACUUGGUGGCCUUGGGCCAAUCACUGUCUUUCAGCCUUAACCUACCUCACAGGGUUGUCGUGAGCAGGGAGAACCAUGCACACUUGCCUGAGUGCCCUGGAGGAAAGGGUGAUAUGUAAAUGUAAUAAAUAGGUAGCUGGAGCAAAACUUGUAGAAUACAUCAGUGUUUGGUGGUGUGUCAUCUGUUCAUUUGAGGAAGGAAGGCAAGUUCUGGUUCAUUUUACUGAUGCUAGCUAAAAAAAGAUUUUUUUCUUACAGGUCAUAACUGGCCUUCUCCGAAGGGUGGAUGAGGUAAGGUGUUUUCUUCUGUUGCCUUUUUAACAGGAAAAUCCAAAGCAUUCUGUAGUCUCACCGUCUUGUCUUUUUUAUUAGGCUGACCCUGCUGUUGGCUUGCAGUUUCAUCUGUCUUGUCUUGGGCCCAGGGAAGUCAAUCUGUGACUGGGGUGUAGCACUCCAGAAUGCAUGUGGGGGCUUCGUGUGAUGGAGCGCUCCUCCAUACAAAAACACUUUUUAGAAUAGUAGCAUGUUGACAGGAGGGCUAGGCCCAAAAUUCUUCUCCCUGGUUUUCUGUGUAGAGAGACUUGUUUCAUAUGGAGCAAGAGCAAUCAAUCAUUCAGUCAGUCCCCACAUACAAUAUGAAAUGGUAUAGCCUUGCCGCAGGUUUGUUGGCUUAUUGAGAAUUAAUUAGGCCUUUGUCUUGGAAGUAGCUUCUUGCCCCAGUUUUGCAGAGUUCCUGGUAAGCACAGCAGGGUAGUUUUGAAUGCAAAACUUUCAAACAGGCAUUUGUCCAGAUUUGCAAAACAAGUGUUCCUCUGGACCAGUAGUCAGGUAAAGUGAAAGUGGAACCCGUGACUGUUUGCAUUCUCUUUGGAAGCAAGCUUUGGGUGAAAUCCAUAUACCAGCAGGGGUGCAUUGCAUAAAGCGUAUCAGGCUGCUUGUUAACAGAAUUGUAUUCCACAAUGUCUUAUCAGUACCUGACCAAAAGGGAAAAAAGAGAAAGACAGAAAAUGCAAUUUAAUGAUUCUCUCUGAGAUCCCAGGAGGCUGUUAGCAACUAGAAUUGUGCCUACUGUACAGAGCUUUUGCCUGCUUAUGGAGAGACAAAAUUUAUAUUUCAGCUUCGGUGCAAAGAAUUACCUUUCUUCCUUUGAGAAAUUGUAAGCUUUCAAAUCUCUACACUUGAAAAAAGAAACCAGGAAAAAGUAAUAAUAUGCUGUGACAGCUUUGCUGCUUAAUGGAGGACCAUUCCUCUCCUCCCCCAUCCCUUGGAAAUGGAGCAAUUCCUGGGUAAAGGAGCAGUGGAUCUGAGCUACAGUCUUGGCCUUUUCAUGUCAGUCUCUGUUUCCUAUCAGUGAGGAAGGGAUGCUGUCUUUCCCUAUUGCUGUCCAUUUAUGGUUGCCCCGGAGGCAGUAGUCAUCGGAUGCCUCCUCUCUCUGUACAGUGACGGACCCUUUUAGCUAACGGUUGGAGCUCACAAUGAACUCCAUGAACUUGGUUCUCUCUACUGGACAGGGCGAGCUUCAGGAGAUGGCAGCCCCCACCGCCAGCCUGCUUUCCCAGGCAAGAGAUAAUAACUGGAUCCCUUAACCAGCUGGGGAGAAUAAUGGGCAAGCAAACAGAGUUUACACUCUACAGUCAUUGGCCAGGUUAUUCGUCAAGCCAAGCCAUGUGCAAUGUUAUAUUCUUUUUUAAAAAAAGUUUAUCUUCCCAUCUAUUGAUGGCGCAUAACUAAAGAGCGGCUUCUCCGUUUCCUUGCAGUUCAGUUCUAGUUCAGACUAAGCGGACAGUAGAGAUCAAGUUAUGCUUUUGUUUGAAGAUUUUGUCCAGCUCCAGCAUGCUUGACCUCACCCUUUCAUUUCCAUGCAGCUUCUAGAUUGCAUGUUGGCUUGGCAGAAAAUGAAGUUUUGCUACCUGCCCAGAAACUUUGACUGGUCCUAUGACAAAACACUUCCCUUGAAUUUUCUUUCUUAUCCCCCUUCCACUUUGCACGCUAGAACGGUGCACCCCAUCAUAGCUCACAGUAACCCCAAACUCCCUGAAUGUUGCGCACCUGUUCUGCAGGUGCAAGUCUGUGACCCAAAAAAGGCCCGGCACUCGCCAGCGGCGCAACCUCCAGGUAGCUAACGCCUCUUGGCAGGCUGCGGUUAGUACUGUAGGCAAAAUUGCUGUGUCUCUCUGUUCGUUUGACACUGGGCCAUCUGCUCUGAAGUAUAAGGGGACAGAAGAGAUAAUGAGAUGAGGAAGGAGACUGGUUGUAAGAGAGGCUGCAACAGAAAGGCAUGGAAGCAGAUGGAGCGCUUCAGAAAAUGAGUUGGAUUUGCUGAAUCACCGUACUGCAAGCUGCAGUCUUCUGCAGAGAGCCAAGGUGUCGUGGUUGCACAGUCGUUAACAUUGAUUUGCUGGCAUACUUGAAGGAGCACAGCUCUUGGUUUGCAUGUGUGUGCACAACCAUGUGUACUCUAUAGUAACGUGGCCUUAGCAGCCAGGCCCUGACUGGGAGAACAAUGCAGGCAGUGACUUCCAGCCAGGCAGCAUGUCUAGAGAAAGAGCUGUGUUUGAACCUUCCAGUCGCGUCCGAGCCGCAACCCAGCAUGUGACCCUCCCUUAUUAGCAGAUCACCUCAUUCUGCUGCCUGCUCCCCCAAUUUGCAGAGUCAAAGAUAAAGACUGUCAAUCUGUCUGUUUGGAAAAGGGCUGCUUGAUUGGUGUGUAAUAAUAACCUCCCGACUUGAUUGCCAGGGUGCCUUAUUUUAAUAUUCCCCUUCGCGGAGAAAGACACUCUGCAUUACCGAAUUUCCUGUCUCGGCCGCGCUUUGCUUGGAGUUGAAAUGCAGCCCGAGCGCAGCCACGCUUCGGGUGCCACCUUCAGUCUUUUAGGAGAUGGCAGGUUGCUGACAGAAUCUAUACAUUGCUUGGGGAGGACGUGCCAGGCUCUGCAUGUGUAACAAUGCGGCUAAUGACUACAGAAGGCUGCUUUGUAGCCAGUUGGCAUUCGGAGGGGCUGUCCGGAGAGGCUGAUGUUCCGAGUCAUUCUUUAUUACUGCCUCCCUUUCAGGGAGAGCCUGCCUGGAGUGGGGAGUGAAAUCAGGCGCAGCUGUCCUCUGCACAGAAAGGGAGCUGGAUUCAGCUGGAGCUGAUGCAGAUUUCUUUUGCCCUUGUUCCCAGGCAGCUUUCAGUAAGAUUCCCAUCGGAUUCAUUCCCCUCGGAAAGACCAGCACAUUAAGUCACACGCUUUAUCCUGAGAGUGCAAACCAAGUCCAGUAAGUGUGUGUUUGUGUGUGUAUGUGCGCGCACACGUGUGCGUGCAUCAUACGAGAAUCAGUGUGAAAAGGAUGGCAGGGAGGAGGAGGAGACUGGUGUAUAUUGAAGGAAGGAAGGGCUGCAAAUCUGGUCCGUCCGUCCCCCCAAAAGGGACCAUUUUAGGCACUUCAAGAUUAUGUUAUACAUCGUCACCUUCAAAAAUCAGAAAAGAUCUAUAUCAUAACCUUAAUGUACCUAAAAUGGUACUUUUUGUAGAAGUUCAGACUUAUUAUUAUUAUUUAUUUAAUUUGUAUACCGCCCUUCCUCCAUAGACCUGACAUUUUAAUGUAUUUUUAAUCUUUGUUGGAAGCUGCCCAGAGUGGCUGGGGAAACCCAGCCAGAUGGACGGGGCACAAAUUAUUAUUAUUAUUAUUAUUAUUAUUAUUAGCAUCAUCAUCAUCAUCAUCAUCAUCAUCUCAGGGAAGUUCCCAACAUAAAAUUACCAUAGAAAAAAAUCACAAAAUACAUAAUAAAACCAAAGCAAGAAUCCUUCCUCCCGUAACACAUUUAAAAGGGCAUCGGAUAUCAACCAGCCAAAGGCCUAGUUGAAGAGGAACAUAAAGGUGUAUAAUGAAGGCAUCACAUGAACCUCCCUGGUUCCACAAACUUACAGAUUUUACAUUUAUUGUCACAUUUGUACCCUGCCCUUUUUUCAAGGAGUCCAAGGCAGCGUCUGAGGGGCCUCCCUGUUUUGUCCUCACAGCAACCCUGUUAAGUCUGCCUACAGUGGACUUCUUCAUUGACCUGGCGAUUUGAACUGAAGUCGUCUUCCCCAUCCCUGGUCCACACCAGCCUUCCCCAACCUGGUGCCCUUCAGAUGUUACAAACUUCUUCUCCACCCACCCCUGAGCAUUGGCCAUGCUGGCUGGUGCUAAUAGGAGUUGUAGUCCAGAACCUCUGAAGGGUGUUAGCUUAAGAAAGGUACCACUAAGAUUGGUUGCCUUGCUCCCUAAUUCCAUCGCAAUUGUUCUCACUGAAAGGUCGGCCGGCCUGGAAGCAAUUUAAUUAAAGCUUCCACUUGAAAAGGGCAAGGGGGGAGCCCUCAGUCAUGUCAAGUUGGCAAGUAUAAGUCUGGUUUGUUACAAGAGCCUUGGCCUUCUCCGAGCUGCAAACGAAGGAUGUUGUGCCAGUUGGCUUGGAGAAAAUGACCUACAAAGGAUACCUGCAAAGCUUCUGUUGAACUGAAUGCUAAUUAAGAUACAGUGAGCAACAGCGAGCAGGCCUCUCUGUGGCGGGGAAAUAACACCCACUUACUGCCGAGGAACAGGAAAAGUAUGAUGGGAAGGCGAUGCACCACAUCCCAGAUUUAGCAAUCCGCAAAGUGCCUUUCGCACUGAUUUGUUGUUGCCUUCUUACGCAGCUCCCCAUCUCCUGCCCCACCCCUAUUAUUUGACCAUUCCAUGAAGCUGGAAACGCUUCUGAUCUUGCAUUUAAGACAGAGUUGAAUUUCUGGAGAUUUCACAGCAGGAAGAAGGGGCAGGGUAUAAUUUUUUUAAAAAAAUAAUAUUUUUUAUUUAUUUAUUUUUUACCAACCACCAGAACACAAACCGUGAACCCCCCACCCCAAGACGGCUGAUACAUUGGGUAUACAUAUUCAAUAAUAUACCUAUUCAAUAAUAUUCAAUAAUAACAUAUUCAAAUCAACCAUAUGUACACUUCUAUAUACCUUAACAUUCCUCCUCCACAAGGUUUAUUUAACUUUUAACAUUUUAAUUGCCCCAGAUUGUUCAAACCUACCCAAAUAAUUCAAUAUCUUCUCAAACCAAUCCUCCUCUUUCUCACUGACCUUAAGCCCUUUCAUUCUAUGUAUCUUCACAGGUAUUCUAAAAUUAUAACACUAUUCAGUUUUUUCCUCCAUUGGUUCACCCCUAGCUCUUGUGCAUUUUUCCAAUUACACGCUAUAACCUGUCUGGCUGCAAUUACCAUAAAUUUUACCCAUUUACAUUCCUCUUUUGUUUUUAACUCAAGGGGCAGGAUAUAAAUGCAACUAUGAAAGAUAUGUGCUAGUGUAAACUUGAGAACUAUAUCGUAGGCAUCCUCCCUUUUCAUGCAUUCUGAUCCAUUCAGUUUGUGGCAGUGCAGCAGGAAACCGACUCAAAAGGUUGCAUUCAGAAACUCUUGCUUUUCUGCUUGCAACCUCCUAGUGAGCUUUAUGGCAAAACAGGCAUUUGAACCUCAUCCAUAGUCAACUUUAUGCAAGACCCACAAAUUAUUGGGCAAGACUAUGGUUGGGAGUGAGCAGAAGGUACUCUCUUAUUUCAUGGCAGCGCAGCCUCCACACUGAAGGCUUUCUGUGUCGCCUGCCCUGAGGCUGUAGGAUCAGAGUAGGCUUGAAAUCGAAAUAAAAGCUCUAACUUAGAUGCCAGUGUCCUCUUUUUGUGUGUGUGCAGGAAUACGUGAAUGUGCUUAUGCCAAGUCAGGCUGAUUGUUCCUCUCACCCAAAUGCUGUCAACUCUGACUGGGGGGAGGUCCUUUUCAGCUCUGGUGCUAUCUAGGGUCCUUUUAAAGGGAGAUACCAGAGCCUAGGACUUGCCGAUCAGAAGGUCGACGGUUCGAAUCCCCGCGACGGGGUGAGCUCCCAUUGCUCGGUCCCUGCUCCUGCCAACCUAGCAGUUCGAAAGCAUGUCAAAAGUGCAAGUAGAUAAAUAGGUACCGCUCCGGUGGAAGGUAAAUGGCGUUUCCAUGCACUGCUCUGGUUUGCCAGAAGCGGCUUAGUCAUGCUGGCCACAUGACCCGGAAGCUGUACGCCAGCUCCCUUGGCCAAUAAAGCAAGAUGAGCGCCGCAACCCCAGAAUCGCCCACGACUGGACCUAAUGUCAGGGUCUUUACCUGAGCUCAAGCCUAGGAUGCUCUGCAAGGGAAGCAUGCCCUCUGCUACUGAAUAAUGUCUUCCUCUUGACUUCUUCUUCAGGCAUAUUACUGACGCCACAUUGUCCAUACUGAAAGGAGAGACUAUUGCACUUGAUGUUUUGCAGAUUAAGGUAGCCAUCUUUUUUCUUAGACCCUCCUCCUUCUGGGAGGGAUAUUUUUCUUCAUCUGUCUUUUGUCAUGUGCUUUUCUGACCCCAUUAUGUUUUUAAGGAGCAUGCAACAAUAUAAAAUCAUUCUUUAAAGAACAGUGCACCUAGUGCAGGGCAGGGACUUGAACCCGUGGCCCUGACAUUGAGAGCCUUAUGCUCUAUCAACUGAGCAUCUGGGAAGGAGAAGAGGGGGAUUUGCUCCUAUAAUGUUUUUAAGCCAUUCUAUUUUUUAUGUUCUUAAUUGUUUUUAAAUGUGUGAAAUUCAUUUUGUUUUCAAUUGCACUUUUUUUACCGCUUUGUUGUUUGCUGCCCUGGGCUUCCUUGAGAGCAGUGAAGGGAUAGAAAUUCAACAGAUUAAUCAUCACCAUCAUCUUGUGAAGAUUUCCCUUUCAUUUAAAUGAUAACUACUCAUCAUUCUUGCUUUGGUCUUCUGAUAGCCACAAAAUUAAAUGACUCAUGGCUAAAAUAACAUUGCAGACAAGCCCUCUGCACUGAGGAAUUAAUUUGCAAUUCCUUUCUUUUAUGUGUUGCUGGAAUAUAGUGGUUGGUAUUUUGGUUCUCGGACCACUGAUCCAUUGUUGGCAAGAUCACCACAGAUUACUGCAAUUUAUAACAUUUGACUUUUGUUAGUGAUUGUUUGUUUUUCCUUUAUAGGGGAGCAAAGACCAGCCCAUCUUUGCUGUAACUGGUUUAAGAUGGGGAUCUUACAGAGAUGCGGGAGCAAAAGUCAGCAAGUAUGUUGAUCACUAUUGCUUUGUUUUCUCUUUGCCCCUAUCUUGUACUUCUAGACAGUUUCUCCACUAUCUCCAACAAUAUGCAAGCAAGGAGCCCACUGGGACCAGAUCAGGCUGUGAAGUGUUAAGACAGCUGCUGAUUGCCUCUGAAUCCCUGGACCGGGUUCCAGAGAAAGACAUGGGAUGCCUCUAAACUGUCACUAUUUUUCGCAACAGAUUGAAGCACAUACCAGAAAUUUACGUUUGUGCAAUUAAAAUGGAUUAAAGUGCUUUGUGCAAUCAAUCCACAUUUCUAUUUAAAAAAAACCAGACCGUUUGCAGUGAGGAAAGUGACGGGGAAAGUGUGGGAUGAACAGAUGACUUAACAGGAAGAUGAGGAAAUACCCCACAAGCAAAUGGGGAUGAAUGCUCAGUUUUGUAGAACUGCCCCCGCAAACAAAUCGGAACAAGUGCUGAAUAAAUAACAGACGUAGUCUGACCUCUUUGCAUAAGCAAAACAGGAUGAAUGCUCAAGAAGCAGGUCAUCUAGAGAAGCCCACUGGGUACAUUAGCACACAUCCAGGUGCCAGCUACACCUUGCUGCGCAUUGCUUUGGCAUCUAAUGUCCAAAGAUUAGGUUGUAAGAAACAGCUUUCGUAGAUACUGCAUUGGAAAAGAGGACUGCUUUCCCUGUGCCCCCAGUUUUAUUUUGCUUUCUUGGUUCAUUUUAUUCUCUUCUAGGUACUGGUAUCUUGGGCCUCUGAAAAUCAAAGCAGCCCACUUCUUUAAUACAUUGAAGGUAAAGGCAUUUCAAUAUGGGUCACACAAGGCUAUCACAGUGGGAAGAUCUGUGAUGCACACAGUGGUGGAUCACAUUUUUGAGUGCAUGAAGUCCCCAGGUUUAGUCCAAAACAAAAGAAUUUGCUGGAGAGUCACACCCAGACAGCUGUGAGCUAGAGGGUCUGACACUGUGUGAGGCAACUUCGUGUGAUCUUACUGUAUGUGGCAUAUAAUGUAGUUUGGAGUGCUUACAGAUCAUAUUUAAGGCAGUGUUGACUUUUUUAACUUAGCUCAAAACCAACCCAGCUUUGGUUAUUCAUAUUUUGCCAGAAAAGGGUGGCAGAGACAAUUGGCUUUUAAAAAGUCUACCAGUGGAAUGCAGCUGAAAUAAUACUGCAAUGCUAGAAAUUACUAUGGAAUAUUAACUGCAUUAUGGAAGGGUAAACAGCCUCUCAUGCAGCUGAGGUUGCUCGGCUGCCUUUCUCUAGUGCAGUCCUUUCUCAUGGUUUUUGUUAUGCUAAUGAUUCACCCUGAGAUUUAUUCAGUUGACGUAAGUGGUGCCUAUAAAUACAGCCCACAGGACUGUUGAUAACACUGGUCAACAACAAAUUUGUUGUCUGCGUUUUUUCAGUUGAUUUAGGACGAAUCUGAUGUGCUAAGUCCAAAAAUCACAUUGGUUUUGCUCAAUCGGGUCAAGUUUUUGAGCUAUGGCCACACGUCUUUUUUUUACGUUUUUGUUCACAUGUACGCUUGUGUGGAGCAUUUUAGAAGAAGUUGGUGGGGGUAAAAUGCCAUGUCGAAUAAUUGUUUUGAUUGGAAAUGAUUAUUUUAAUGACAAGAAGUAUUCAGGUCCGAUAGUUCUGGGUCAUUAUGUCGAAAAGGGAUCAGUUUGAAGUCAUAAAACCUUGAAAUCUUCCAUAAAUCGGUGCGGCAAAGCAUAAAGUUGCUUACCAUGCUUAUUUGGUAUUAAACCUGGUGACCAGAUAAAGCUUGGGCGCCACACAUGGUGUGCAAGGCAUGCACCGAGACUCUACAUGGGUGGACCAAUGGCAAGAGGAGUCUGAACUUUGGAAUUCCCAUGGUUUGGAGGGAGCUGACAAACCAUGUCACUGACUGCUGCUUCUGCGCUGUUGAUGCGACUGGGAUCAACAGAAAGAACCGGAGCAGCCUCAACUAUCCUGAUCUUCAAUCAGCACGUCGUCCUUUAGCUCAUUGUGAUGAAAUUCCAGUGCCUAUCUUCGGAGAACUUCCUGACAUUAGUGACGAAGAUGCCUCCAGUGUUGAAGGACAUGAAGAAGAAGAAGUGGUUCUUGAAGAUGAUGCUCCACAUCCAUUUUCCCAAAAGGAGUUGAAUGAUCUAGUUCACGACCUCAGCUUGUCAAAGGACUCUGCCGAACUGUUGGCAUCCAGAUUGAAGGGAAAAAACCUCCUCUCUGACAGUGCUCACAUCAGCUUCUUCCGCAACAGGCAUCAAGAGUACCUCCAUUUUUUCUCGGAAGAGAAGGACUUGGUGUACUGUGCAGAUAUUGCACAGCUUCUGCUCAAGCUUGGAGUGCCACAGUACGAAUCCAAAGAUUGGAGACUGUUCAUUGACAGCAGCAAGCGAUCACUGAAAUGUGUUCUGCUACACAACGGCAACCAGUUUGCCUCUAUACCCCUGGCUCACUCAAGUACACUGAAGGAGAACUAUGAAAUGGUGAGGUAUGUGCUGGAGAAAAUUGGUUAUGAUCAGCAUAAGUGGUUUAUUUGUGUUGACCUGAAGAUGGUGAACUUUUUGUUGGAACAACAGUCUGGCUUCACCAAGUACCCAUGUUUUCUGUGCAUGUGGGAUAGUAGGGACCGUGCUCAGCAUUACACGAAGAAGGACUGGCCUGUGCGGGAGGAAUUGGUGCCUUGUAAAGAAAGGAACGUCGUCAACGACCCUCUGGUGGACAGAGACAGAAUACUCUUCCCACUGCUGCACAUCAAGCUCGGCUUAAUCAAGCAGUUCACCAAGGCUCUGGACAAGGAUAGUGACUGCUUCACUUACUUGUGCCAGGCUUUUCCAGGAUUGACCAUGGAGAAGUUGAAAGCUGGCAUCUUUGACAGUCCUCAGAGCUCAUCAGAGAUCCAGAGUUCGGAAAGUCAAUGAACGAAGUGGAACUAGAAGCGUGGAAGGCAGUUGUUCUGGUAGUGAAGAACUUUCUUGGCAACAAUAAGGCCAGAAACUACGCAGAACUUGUCAACAACAUGCUGACUGCUUUCAGAAACCUGGGCUGCAACAUGAGCGUCAAGAUGCACUACCUAUUUUCACAUAUGGACCAGUUUCCUGAGAACCUGGGUUCAAUGAGUGACGAACAGGGGGAGAGAUUCCAUCAGGACAUGAGAGAGAUGGAGACCAGGUAUCAGGGUCGCUGGGAUGCAGUCAUGAUGGCUGACUACUGUUAGACUCUGAAGAGAGACCUCCCUGCCGCUGAGCAUUCCUGGAGUUCCAAGAAACGGAAGUUCAAGCCCUGAAGUUUGAAAAAUGGUGAAGCAACAUGCAAUUUACGCGUACUUACCUUUAUCAAUGCCCACCAUUCAGUUUACAGUAAUCAAUGUUUCUAUCAGGUAAUCAAUAUAUGUUGUUGGAAAAACAUUUUUUCUCUUAAAAACAUAUUUAGGAUGAUAUGUGUUGACAAAAAUCAGCUGAUAAUGCCACAAAAAUGUAAUCAAUUUUGUCACAAAAUCUGAUUUUUUUUCAAAUCAACAUAGCACAAAAACCUGACCUGAUGGAGAGAAACAGAUGCCAUUUCCUGAUUCAGCAGUGCAAAAAUACCCUAAAUCAGUUGUAGAAAUCUAGACAACAUUCAAAAAGUAAAAAAUUGUUGCCCAGUGUAGUCUGCCUCUUUCAUUCAGCCUACCUUCUGUCGCAAAAUGAGCAGAAAGGUUAAUUGCUCUAGUUCUCAGGUACUGAAGGAUUUGACAUACAUUAAAGUAGCUGCAUUUCCCCCCUGUUCACACCCUUUUCUUGAUUCCUUAGCAGUUAAUAAACAUAUAACUCUCCUGGGAAAUGCCCUGACACAUCAUAACAUAUGUACUGUCUGAGUUUGCACGUAAUACUAAACCAUGGUUUAGUGGUAUGUGGACAAGCUGCAGUGAACCCAAACAAAAGCGUCAGUCUCACCUCUUCCCCCCCCAUCAACCUUUCUGAGUGAUUUGUUUUAUAUAAACCAGGAAUUCUGUUUUUGAACAAACUCUGUUCAAAUUAAAGUGUUGAUUUGAACUCUUGAACAAAUUAAAUAAAGCAGCUUCAUAACAAUGGUUUGGCUUGUUUUGAACCUUUCCAGGAUUCCUGGUUGGUUCAACAGGACAAGCCAGGGUUUAUUCAACAUGAGGUUAAUCUCUUCAGAAGGCCUCCUUCUUCUGACUACGUAGGAGGGAAGAGUGCAACACUUCAAUGUCUUGCUGCAGCUCAUCCACAUAAUGUUAAACCACAGUUUAGUGUGACAGUCGAGUGCAGCCUUUGCAAGACACGAUUUAGAUCAGCUAGACCAGAAUUUCUUCUCUGUGGCAGGACAGUAACCUGCUUUGGGGGAAGUAUAGUUCUUUCCUCACACACACUUUCCUCAGCCACUCCGUCCCCCUCAACUGACAGAAGCACUUGUUCACCUCAUCGCAGGGAAAUGGGCUAGUAGAAUGGCUGGAGGAGAAAGCAGCAGGUGGGUUAAGCAGCCCCUAGAUUGCCUCUUCUGCCUUGUGGCUGUUUGGUGGCAACCAUAAUUCCAAGUCUGCCUGCUGCUGAAUGAAUGGUUGGUCUAGCUCUCACAUACCCCUGUAGAAAUGGUUAUUUUCCUUUUUCUUUCUGGAAAUUCCAAGGAGUGGCCUCAGAAGCAUCUAGCCUCCCUUUCCUAUUUGGACCCAACUCCAAGGCCUCCUGAGGAGCCGGAGCAGAAGACCCCUAGACCUCCUUUAUACAUCAGGCUUUACAAGAGACUGGCACAUUAUUGGACACCUGUCCCCAAAGGUAAGCAGUCAGUCAUUCUCUCUCAGAUAGAUAGAUAUAUUAAAGCUGUUCAUUAGAAGAAUCCGUUUCCCCCACUGUGGCCCUGAAGCAGGGGCUUGAGAGAUCUGUCACCUUUUCCAAUUAAGCCCCAGCGAGUUGCUUUCUUUUUGUUGUGUGAACUUUGAACUUCUUUCUUCCUUUUCUGCGGCUGUUGUUCCUUUGAGCCGCCGGCAUUAAAUAUAGAUGGAACAAGGCCUUGUGAAGUAACAAGAAAUAGAAGGAUCUGGGCCUCUGCUGAUCUUAAUACAACAGCGCUUAUCUAACUUUCUGUUUAAUGGUGUCUUUCCUCUCGGACUUCAGAAAUCCCCAAGGAGGUAACCCCGGAGGCCUGGAGAGAAAUGCAGCUGUCUGCUAUUGAAUUCUCUGUCACUACUCAGAACAGACAUCUUGACUUGAAAGUAAGAGUAGAGAAAUAAAUAAAUAAAUGCUAAGCUUUCCUUCAUCUUCACAAAAGUAGCUGCUUUGUAACUUGAGGGGAUAACAGCCUGCUUAGGCCUAAUAUAGCGGGUCUGAAUUCGAAAUGGUGGCAACCUGAGAUGUGAGCGUCUGUUUUGCUGUGCCCCUUUCUAAGUCCCACACCCUGUGGGCUGUGUGUGCGCUUCUUAAAAUGGGCCGUGCCAAAAAGAGAGAGAGAAGCAUAUACACACACAUGCUUUUUGUACUUUAUGAGUACCUGUGGCCAUUCUGCACAUAAAAUGUGUGUGUCAUUUCCUGUGCAGUAAGUCCAUUGGAGCAUGGAAUGUUUAGUGCAGAAUACCAUUUCUUGAGAUUCUCUGCUUUUAAGGAGGCACAAACCACCUAGACCUUACUGCUUCACAAACAGACUUGAAAGUGUGUGGACAAAGCCUGCUGCUCUGCUCUGAAGCCAAAGGAGGUAACAAUUUCUCAUGAUCAGGAAGCUAGCUGGGCUCCAGGGCCCCACGCAGUUAUCUUUUCUUCAUGACUAACAGAAGCAGAAUAAAUUUUGCAAGGCUGGUAAAUAAUUAUGCACCAUUCAAGGGUGCUUGCUUUGCAUAGUUUAUGCAAGCUUUUCAGUUUUUGACUUGUAUUUAUUUGUAUGUGCAGCACCGCCCUUAUAGGACUUUAGCACAGAACACAAGCCUGAAAGCAAGAGGCCUAAGGAUUAUUGUUUACGUCUUCCCUGUACCAUUUUUUCACUGAGAGCAAAGACUGAGAUGCCUUGUGCUGAAUAACAGCAAGUACCUAGGAGCUAAAUUGAACAUCCCUCCACAGAUUGAAGGAUAAUUACUGAUAUGCCCAGUUUUUAAAUGAAAUGCCAGCUAGGCGGUAUGUGUGCAGUAGAUCAAAGGAGCGAGAAUGCAGCUAGCUGGGCUGCUAAGAGACUCUUCUGAGCUCAGAGCACUGCUUUUUUAUUUAGAAUGUUGUGGUUGGGUGCAGUUCCCGAGUGCAUUCUGAGCUCUAGGCACUCAGCUAUGGGUUUACCUGUACCACCCUACCUACCAGCCUGCUUACAAGGCCACCACAAUAAGUUCAGAACCUGAACUUGCCAAUCUGAGAAUCCUUAGCUUCAAGGAUGAUUGAAAGAUGUAAGAAGAUGUCAUUCUGUGCGCUCCUCCACAUGCAGCUGCUGGGUGACCUUGGGCCAGUCACACUUCUCUGAAGUCUCUCAGCCCCACUCACCUCACAGAGUGUUUGUUGUGGGGGAGGAAGGAAAAGGAGAAUGUUAGCCGCUUUGAGACUCCUUCGGGCAGUGAUAAAGCAGGAUAUCAAAUCCAAACUCUUCUUCUUCUUCUUCUAUUUCUCUAAGAUGUAAAAGAGGAGGUUGGAGGUUAAUUUUUAUUCCUUCUACAAAGAACACUCUGCUUCAACUGCAGACGUGAGUUCAUUGCCCUGGGACUUCAAGGCUGUAAAUGUCUACUCAGGAGUAAGCUCUACUUAGUUCAGUGGGACUUGCCUUCAGGUAAGUGAAUAGGAGAUUGCAGCUGUGUGUGUGUGUGAGAGAGAGAAUAUGAGAAUAUGUUGAUGCGCAUUCUGUCUAGUUUUUGACCUGACAGUGCCCUUCUAUGGCUCACACAGGGAACUCUUUGCUUUGAAUUCUCCUGGCUCCCAAAUACUGUUUUCCCCCAGAGAAUGGGAGAUGCUACUGACUUCAUUCAGAGGCAGAUGGUGGGGGUUACAUGAGAUGCUGUGGCUGUUAGUAUUAAUGCAUCCAUUUCUGAACAUUUCUUUUAGCGCACAGAAGACUUCAUGAAUAUUUGCAUUGAACCAGAUUCAAUCAGUAAAGGAGAAUACAUUAAAAGAGGGUGAGUCCUAGAGAACCUGUAAUGAUAUGCCUUAUUGCUAUCAUAAAAUAUAUUUAUCAAUGUGCUUUUGGGGUUAGUUGGUAGUUUGUAUAGUCAGGUGCAUUAAGGGCAAAACUGGAGAGACUGGACUUAAAAUCUAGAGCGGAGACAAAACUAAUUGGUGCCCCUGGCAUAAAUAAACCCUUCUAAUGAUCCCAACCGUGUGUCAGGUUCAGUCAGCAAGGACACCGAAGGAAUAGUUCUUGGUGGCAAAUCACAGUCUCUAAUUUAUAGUUUCCAUGACCACUACAAGGCUGCAGAUCAUUUCCCCGUUUCCUUGAAUCUCUUCAUAUUGCUCCAGCGUUGACUCAUGGCGACUUCCUACAUUGUUGUUGUCGCUAUUUAUUUCAUUUGUGAAUGGCUUUCCGUAAAACAUCCCAAAGCAAUUGAACAAUAAAAAUGCAAACCAUAAAAGUGUAUCUAAAAACCAGGAGAGUCUCAAGACAAGGACAACAGAUGGGAACACUGUUAAGUCAGUGAAGAGGAUGAAUAAGAAGGAAGGCUUCUAUCCAAAUCCUUCCUUUGAAUCCUAAACCCCAGUAUGCACUGUCAGGACAUGGUGUGGUGUUGCCACAAUGACCUGGUAGGCAGGGCAUUGUCCAAAGGCUCAUGAUGCAGCUGAAGCUUAAGCAGGUCUGCUUCUGAUUGGUCCCCAGCUUGAUUCCUCACCCUGGUGUGAAGACAUGGGGUUAUACUCAAGGAGCUGGCAAUCCAAGCUGGUGCAGUGAGCCACCUUACUAGACUUGAACCUUGGUUCAAAGCGAGCACAGCAAAGAGCUUGUAGCUUUGAGCAAGUAACAUUGUCCUGCGCUUCUCUUCUUUGUGUGUAAAACGAGACGAUCCCUUUGCCUCGCAGUCUGGUUGAGGGUGAUGAACUCUGAGUCUUGGGUGCAUAGAUUUGGAGGGAAGUUGCAUUGAUCUUGAUGGAACUGACUUCCAAGCAUUAAUUAUUCAGGUUUGCAGUCCCUACUAUUAAAAGGAUGAGGCAGCUCGAGGAAUUUGUAAUCCAUUUUAAUUUAGGCUCCCUGACAAGGCCGUUGGCUUCACGAGCCCCCGAAUCAGCCAUGGUUCCUCACUGCUGCACUUGAUCCAUAGCUUUCUCUUCCGAUUUGUCUAAUCUUAAUGUAUUUUGUACUUUAACAGAGAUUGGGCUUCUUUUUGGGGCUGCGUGAGGAUUGCCCUGCGGGAGUUCCUCUGGGCUGUAAAUCAGGGGGCAGGAUCUCCAUCUUGCGGGCAAAUCUUGGCUCACCAGGUGGUCUUGAGCUGGCUUGCGAGGGUGUUUUCCCCAAACCAUGCCCACCCACUUGUGACGUAAUCUGAUGGGUGUGUGGGUGUGAUAAACCCUGAUGGGGCAUUCAUGUUCCUAGCAGUGAACAGCAGCAGGCAGCCCAAACAGCAAGAUGUUUAAUCCUGCUCAGUUUGGCAGGACUCCAUGCAAACCACUUUCUGAUUCAGGGACAUGUGUGUAUCAGACUCUUCUGGUGAAGUACAAUAACAACCUUGUAAAAUAUACAGUUUUGGGCUUUCCCCCCUACCCCCCUUUUCCCCUUCUGCACAGGUUCUGUUUCUUUUUUAUUUUUCUCUUUUGUUGUGUCUCACCAUGUCUGAUGCACAUAUGUACUUUUUGAACUUUCAAUAAAGAUGUAUAAUUAAUAAAUAAAUAAAAUAAAAUAAAAUAAAAUAAAAUUAAAAAUAAUAAAAAUAAAAAUAAAAGAUCUGGCCUGUGGAGCCCAAAGUUCCCUACCUCUACUGUAGAUAAUGUGCUCAUAGCGGUUGGCUCAAUUAAUGCUGCUUGUAGCUUGGUUUUUCAGUUAUGUCUUGCUUUUAUCGCAAUUCCCAUUUAAGGGGAGGGUCUUUCCUAGUUGAGGCUUGGUGCUACUCCAUCAAUUCCUUCUGCCACACAAGUUCAUUGGUCUCUUAAAAUGUUUUAUUUAGUUUGGUUGGCUAUGGCAGAAGGAGGAGUGUUGUGCCGUCCAGGGCCUUUCCGGGUUAGCAAGGCAAUCUGUUUGCCGGCUUCUCUGCAGCCCCUUUGUGCUUUAAGCGUAGCUAUAAAGGAUGACUUGGUUGCUCUCUUCCUUUGUUUUGUACAGAAGCCAAAAGAUGGUGGACCCCCACUUGUGCCCAGAAGGAAGCCAGUGCCUUCAAGCUAGCAGGUGUAUCUUGCAGCUUCCAGAGGUGAGAAAUAAAACAUAGGGUAAAUCUGUGCUUUCCUCAUUCUUUCCUUACAGGCAGUGGAAGGAUCCUGUCCCCCACCUAGAAUUAGGCAAAUUUCCUUCUGUUGUAUAAAGGCAGAAUGAAUACAUUCCAAUUUGCUUUGUUGGGAUGGGAUAUGCCCAAAAGCCAGCUUCACCCAUCCUUCCUAAUUUAAAAAAUCAGUAUGUGACAGUCUUCCUUGCUGUAUUCCCACCUCCUCUUGUGUCUCUUACAUUCAGGUAGGCCAGUUUCAUGUCCCUCUCUAUUCCCAGGGCAAAGCCACUGUGUGGCAACAGGAGGAGUGUUUUUGUGGGCAAUCAGUUCCUUCCAUAAUAGCAGCCUAUAUUUCAGCUUUCAGAGAAUCCUGUAGUUACGGGUAGGAAGCCAGGUUCAUAGAAAUUCCCAAGAUGCAAAUUCCACCUGAGCAUAAUCCCCCGUUAAAAAUCACAUUUGAUGGACACAGAGACAAGGAGUGGGGGCAGGGGGAGAUUCAAGACCCUGUAAAUUGAUUUUGCCCCCUAAUCAUGCUAUACAUUUGAUGGGUAGGUUGUUUGGAAUCCCAAAAUUGACUAUAGCUUUUAAUGGAUGAAAAGGGACCUUUCAGUUCUGCAGCUUAGGACAAAGCAAGGGGGGCCGGAGGGGGGUGGAAUGGGAAGAGGAGGUUAAGCAGAAGUAAUCUGUCCAACCUGUUUCUAGGAGGUGGUGAUGGGAGGCCCACCAUUAAUAGCAGGGAUCCAAUGGGGGAAGACUUUCAGGUGGCAGUUUCAGGAACUGCCUCCUUGAGUGGUCCCUCUGCAAACUGGGAAGUACCGAAAUGUGGAACUAGGACAUCUUCCCUGUAGCCAGAGAGGUGCAUUUGACAGAUAAAGAGAAGGCAUGAAUUUCUCUGUAGAGGAAACGCCUUCUGCCUGUGCUGGACCUGACGCUUACGGAAUUGGAAUUGUCAGCGGGCAGAAAGCAGGUGAGGUAGUUUGCAGGCUGUCUUAAGUGAGAGGCUCAACCAUGUCUGGCAGAUAGUUGAAGCAGGGGUGAGAAAUCUCAGCCAUGGGGGACCAGGACUGUUCCCUAAUCCAUUUAGCCUCUCACCCUCCAGCCAGGCAGCCCUCCUGUCAAUCAUGUGACAUCACCUAGGCCAUGCCCCUCUGCUGGGCAUAGCCUUGACAGCUUUACCUGGCUGGAAUGCGCCCUCGAACUGUGAUAACAGCCAUUUUAGAAAAUAAAUAAACAGUGCUUUCUCAGUGAAGUGUUUCAGAAGAGAACAACUUGAAGUGGAGCCCUAACUAGGAUGAACACCAGCUCUUUCUGGUAUGUCUGGCUAUGUAACCAUGGAGGAAAAGAGCCCCAGCUGCUCAGACCUAGCCUUCGUUAGCAUGUCUCUUUCAUCUUUCCUGCUUUCUCUGCAGGAUACGGAAGGCUUCUUGGCUGUGGACAGUGAGGAGUACGAAGCGAUGCCAGUGGAAGUGAAGCUGCUGCCCAGGAAACUCCGUUUUUUCUGUGAUGCCAGAAAAAAAGAGCAAAUGCUUCAAGGUGCAUCCUAG